AAGGCGUGUCGGCCGGGAGAGAGUAUGAACACCGAGGAGCUCAGCUGUCAGUCCAACCUCUGGAGGAGUCGGAGUGAGAGUAAAUACCCCAGCAAAAAACAAAAACAACACAGACUUGCUCCACAACUGGUUCCAGUGAGUGUGUGUGACAUAACAGACAUGUCACAACAGGCGGUGAACGGGGUCUCGGCCGAGGGAAAGGUGCUCACGUUGGACAGCAUGAACCCCAACGUGAAGAGGGUCGAGUACGCGGUGCGGGGUGCUAUAGUGCAGAGAGCUCUGCAGAUAGAGAAGGAGCUGAAAGAGGGAGUCAAGAAACCUUUCACAGAGGUCAUCAAGGCUAACAUAGGCGACGCCCACGCCAUGGGCCAGAAACCAAUCACAUUUCUCAGACAGGUCCUCGCCCUGUGUGCAUACCCUGAGCUCCUGGAGGACAACAAGUUCCCGGAGGAUGCCAAGCAAAGAGCGCGGCGUAUUCUCGAGGCCUGUGGAGGCCACAGUAUAGGGGCCUACAGUUCAAGCCAGGGCAUUGAGUGCAUUCGUCAGGAUGUGGCGCGCUACAUUGAGAAGAGAGAUGGUGGAAUCCCCUCCAACCCCGACGACAUCUACCUCUCCACCGGAGCCAGUGAUGCCAUCGUGACCAUGCUAAAGUUGCUGGUGUAUGGCGAGGGUCGGGACCGUACAGGAGUAAUGAUCUCCAUCCCCCAGUACCCUCUGUACUCGGCAGCCCUGGCAGACCUGGCCGCCGUGCAGGUCAGUUACUACCUGGAUGAGGACAAGUGUUGGAGUCUGGAUGUUGCAGAGCUAAAGAGAGCCAUCAAAGAAGCCAGGCAGCACUGUAACCCCCGCGUUCUCUGCAUCAUCAACCCUGGAAACCCCACUGGUCAGGUCCAGAGCAGACAGUGCAUUGAAGAUGUGAUCCGAUUCGCUAAAGAGGAGCAUCUCUUCCUCAUGGCUGAUGAAGUCUACCAGGAUAAUGUGUAUGCAGAGGGCUGCAAGUUUCACUCCUUUAAAAAGGUGUUGUUUGAGAUGGGACCAGAGUACUCCAGUACGGUGGAGAUGGCCUCCUUUCACUCCACCUCCAAAUGCUACAUGGGAGAGUGUGGAUUCCGUGGCGGCUACAUGGAGGUGAUUAACAUGGACCCUGAUGUGAAGGCACAACUUACCAAAAUGGUGUCGGUGCGUCUGUGCCCCCCUGUUCCUGGACAAGCUCUCCUGGACCUGGUGGUCAACCCCCCACAGCCCGAUGAGCCCUCCUACAACAAGUUUAUGAAGGAGCGGACAGCGGUGUUGGCAGCUCUAGCAGAGAAGGCCGGGCUAACAGAGCAGAUCUUCAACACAGUACCGGGUAUCACCUGUAACCCUGUGCAGGGGGCCAUGUACACCUUCCCCCGCAUCACUCUACCGCAAAAGGCCAUCGACAAGGCCAAGGAGGAAGGCCAGAUCCCAGACAUGUUUUAUUGUAUGAGGCUGCUGGAGGAGGAGGGUAUCUGCCUGGUGCCAGGUAGUGGCUUUGGCCAGAGAGAGGGAACGUUCCACUUCAGGAUGACCAUCUUGCCUCCCACUGAGAAGCUGAAGAUUGUGCUGCAAAAGAUCCAGGAUUUCCACAUGCGGUUCACACAAGAGUUUUCAUAACCAUCAUCUCGAGAAUCAACCCCUUCAGUGCCAGUGUCUUCAAGUGCCUUUGCGAGGAGGCAAACAGUCUUGAUGUCACCUCCUGCAAUACCCAUUUAUCACCUCAAGAUCAGAUUUUUACUGUUAUUUUCACUGUUUUGCAUCAGUGAAGAACUUUGAACACUUCCUUAUUUAGAAAUCUAGUGAAAAUAAGAUGUUUUGUUCAUUUGUAGGUGCAGAUGUGAGGGUGUAAUCAUUUUCAGUAAAUGAUGCACUUCAAAGUAUUACCCGGCCAGAUAUUUAAUGCCCAAAAGUGUGUUAUGCUGCCGAUUGUAUGUUAGGAGUACAGACUUUAAGAUAAUUCAGAUGUCCUUGUCAUAGAUGAUGACGCUACAGGUGCAUCACUGUCCUCAAGACUUAUGAAGCCAAAUUAGUUCAACUAUCAAUUAAUAAUAUGUUCUGUGAUUACUGAGUACUUCCAGGGCAAAUCAAUGUGUCAUAAAGGCCUGUCUGAUAUGUGUAGUACUAAUGUAUGAAUUGUUCUUAAAUGUGAUUAAAACAUAUUCCUAGUAAA